AUGCUAAGUGGCUGUCUUUCAGAUUGCUAUGCUGUAUUGGAUCCUACCCCAUACUUUAGAGACUGUGUCUAUGAUGUCUGCGCGUCACCCGAAGAUGGCGAUACUGCGCUUUGUAAUGCAAUGGCAUCAUACACUCAAGCAUGCAGAUACUUUUAUGUGGACGUUCCUUCAUGGAGGAAUGCAACUCUCUGUCCCCUGACCUGCCCAUCAAACAGCACCUAUGGCAAUUGCAUCUCCGCCUGUCCCCGCACCUGUUGGGAUUACCAAGACCCUGAUCGCACCUGUUACGACCUCUGUGUUGAAGGGUGUGCCUGUGAUGAAGGGUUUGUCCUAGAGGAUCUUCGGUGUAUUCCAGAGAGCGAGUGCGGAUGCGUCACAGAUGGAUUUUAUCUCACAGUUGGCAGUAAUCUUUUGACUCCAGACUGUUCAGAAUACUGUGAGUGUAACCCUGGUGGUAGCAUCAACUGCACCCAGGUAUCCUGCGAUCCUAAUGCAUCUUGUGGAGUGGUGGAUGGGCAGACACGCUGCAUAUGCAAUGCUGGCUACGAUUCUGUUGGCUUUGGAUUCACCUGCUUCGAUAUCGACGAAUGCGAAAGCAGCCCCUGUGCCAACGGGACCUGUGUUGAUGAAGUGGAUGGCUAUACCUGUGACUGCACGCCAGGCUGGACGGGUAAACUCUGCGCUCAGAAGGAUGAAUGUUACUCAGACCCCUGUCAAAAUGGAGCUACUUGCAGGGAUGGUGUGGAUAGAUUCACAUGCGUUUGUGCUCCAGGCUGGACAGAUGAAUUUUGUGGAACAGGUCAGUAA